AGAAGAAUGAAAAGACACGUGAACUGUUCUCCUCAACAGUUGCAGAAGAGCCUGAGCCUGUUCCCUGUGUUCUGCAAGGAGAUGACAUCCAGUCACUUGCAAUUAAGGUGGAGGACCUGGAGAAACUUCAUGCCCCACGCCUUCCCUGUGGUGCUGAGAGGAUUCCAGUUAGGAGGAAAUACCUCGUUCGAAAAUAUCGACCCAAGAAGGUGACGCAUCUCCUUGUAGCAUGUCCUGCUCCCCCAAAGGCACACAGGGAACCACCGACUUUUUCUGGUAGGGUUAAGCUUCACACCUUGUCUUUGGGUUUUGGUUUUGCUAAGCCUGGCUUUAGCGACCACCUGGCUCUGGGGUUGUUUUGUCUGUGUGUGUGUGUUGUAGGACCGGGACUCUUUGGUGAUGACUGUGAAGAGAUUCUCCCCCAUCACAUUUUGGGAAGUCUCCAGGAGUUCAGGAUGGAAGCGUUGGCCAGAGGAAACACUCAGGUAGCAGAUUUUAUUGAACUUUCUCAUCCAGAUGUUACUGCAGCGGCUUUAAAAGAGGAACGUGGAGGAGAGAAGAAGAAGAAAGUUAAUCAGCCCCCACUAGCAGAGCACAAAGCUCUUCAGAACUGGUACCGCAAUAUGGCCAUCAGGAAAAAGCAGGAGAAAUAUCUAGGAGAAGUUCUUCGGAGGCCGGAGAAUGAAUUGCUGAUGAAUAUCUCAGAGGAUUACAGGCAAAUCCAGGAGGAACGUGACCUCAUUGACCGGAGUAUCCCUGCUCUGCUUCCUGGAAAGGGCUACCGAAGAGGAAGCGAGUUCUGGAGCCAGCCCGAGCGUAUUGGAGAUGAACUCACCGGCCUGACGAUGACGCUGACUCAGAGAGAACGUGGCUACCCAGAGCCAGUCACUCAUGUGGGCAAACCCCGCACUAUCCAGACGGAAACGGGUCUGAAGCCUCCAAAGAGGACCCCAUUCCAUCUAACCUGGGAUAAGAGUCUUUUCCUGAAACAUCGGCGGCAGGAGCUCAAAUCUGUCCUAGAGGAGCUGGAUUUUUAUAAGCCGGAUCUGGAUGGCCUGGAGGUGAUUGGCAAAGGGCAGCCUUUCACAUCUGUCUCAGCGGAGUCUUUUCCGUGCUCCACCACUUCUGAAGAGUGUGCGACCUUCAGCGACUCCUUAAGUGACCGCCUUGAUGUGGUUUCAGAAGAAAUACUGGGUCCGUCUUUAGAUUUCUGUGGCCAGCCUGCUCGUUGGAUCAACUGCAUCGCUUCUUGCAGGCCUGAAAUCGGCAUUGCUGCCCGGCUCACCUUCGAGACUUUGGCUGGUGAGAAAGCUGAAAGCUCCCUGACAGUGAGCAAUGACGGCACAGCUGCCAUCUGGUACUGCUGGAUGAGGCUUCCCCAGCAGAUUCCCUCCAGAGAAACCAAAGGGAAGAGGACACAGCGAUUUUAUUUUGAUACCAGAGAAGGUUUAAUUUUGCCUGGGGAAACAAGGAAAUUUUCCUUUCUUUUCAAAUCAGAGAGAGCAGGCAUUUUCAGCGAGUCCUGGGAAUUUAGGACACAUCCUCUGUUAUUAGGAGGAGCUCUGCUGCAGGUGACCCUUUGGGGAAUUGCUGUGUAUGAGGAUAAAUUGGCUGACCUCAGGGAGAAACUGGAGAGUGACCUGGCUGCUCGAGAAGCUGCUACUAUAGUGGAAGAGUGUCUGAGGGAACUUCUGGACCGAGUUCGGACCCCAGAGCGUGCCCCAUCUCCCGUGGAUGCCUAUGUCACGGAGGAAGAGUUGUUUCACUGGAAGAAUCCCAAGUUGCAUUAUCAGCAUCGAGUGGUAAAAGAGCUGCACGAACUGUGGAGACAUGUGACUGUUCCUUCAGCCUUUGAGGAGAAAGUGUCCUCGGACCAGGAGAGCCGUGCAGAGAGCGUGCAGUACCAGGAGAGUACCUCAGAGUCUCUCCCCUCUCAGAGCAACACCACAGAGGUCCCAGGUUUGAAGAACACACUUGAGGAGGCCCCAAGUCAAACGAUGAAUGUGAAGGAGGACGAACCAGGCCCCUCACGAUGGAACUUCUCCUUUGAGGACUUGAAGCAGGCUAUAAUGUUGAUCCCUGAGAAGGAGCAGCAAGAGGAAGCGCUGACCCAGCUCAACAAGGCAGCGCUGGAGCUGUGUGUUGAACAGAGGCCAACUCAGUCGGACCUUCUGUAUCAAACCUGUCUCCAGCUGUGGCGUGAAACAAUCGAUGGGCUGGUGGGUCACUCUCUGAAGCUGAGAUCCCUGCUUGGCUUGCCUGAGAAGGACACCUAUGCAGAAGUUCCAGAGGAGACAGUGGAAGUAAAGCAACGUGUAAAAGGAGAAAAGGAACACAGGAUAAGCACUAGGAAAGAAGAGAAGUCAUUUGAUGGUAAGGAUAAAGAAGGCAAAAAAAGAACAACGAAGACAGCAAGGAAAGAGAAAAAGGAACAUCCAAGCAUCAGAAAUUUGAAGGUAAAAGAUCAGAAAGAGCUGAAAUCUCCCACUUCAUUGCAGGAGGUGAAAGAAGGAGCCCAGCCCGUGGAAGCUCUAAGUACGGAUAGAGUGGAACUUCCUCAGGAGCCAGUGGACCCUGUUUUGUUUGGGACAUACCAGGAAAAACUUUAUGUUGAAGUUUAUGGGCUGCUGGAUGCAAUGGUGAGCAAAAUGAUCUGUUUAUUUGAGGAACUGAGGAAAAAAGGUGCUCUAAA